AUGUCUGUACCACCUACUCGACGUCGCAAAGGUUCUGGUGGACGCAAUCCAGUGUCUGAACAUUAUGAAACGAAGAAUGGAACAAGUGGAAACAAAUCUACGCGAACAAAAUCUACUUCUGAUGAGCCCACAAUUGCUCACAGUAAAUUAGAUACAAAAAAGUAUAACAGUUCAAAUGCACUUGCAAAUAUUACACGUUCAGCUGAUGAUUCUCAUGGUCAUACAGCUAAAAAAUCUCAUGGAAGAACAAUUAUAGACGAUACGCAUCCUCAUGCUAAGACACGGUCACACUCAGACGGAAAAACAGCAAAACAUGAUACACAGACAAAGACAAGUACUCGCAGUACAACUAAAAAAUCUGAUGUUCACAAGUCACCAACAAAUAAACACAACAAAACUAAACAACGACAGUGA